GAGAUUUCGUACUGACACCUGACCACCAUGCCACGGAACUCGGGGCGUCGCAAGGUGGCGUCUCAAGCAUCCCUGGAAGCGGAUGCAAGAAGCACUCCAAUGGAGCCUGAACCACAACCGGGUGACCAUGAAGCCAUCUUGGAAUCGAUGGCGACGAUUGUCAUGCAAGUGGACUUGAAUGGCAUCCUCACGUACAUGAAUCGCCACACGCAAUUGGUGCUCGACUGCGAUGCAUCCACUGGAAUCGGCAAAGCCUUCGUCCACACAUUUGUCGUGUCUUCUAGUAGAAAGACCGUCGUCGACGCUUCACACUCAGCUGCUUCCACUACAAGAGUCGAUUCACGUGCGACGGUGAACAAACACCUCCAGGGCGUGCUGGGGACGGCCGAACCCGCGGUGUUCCAGUGCUCGUUGCAAACGUACGGGUCUCCGUCCACCACGAUGGACGUCUUGUUCAGCGCUUCCCCUCGCAUGGAUUCCAGCCGGAACGUCAUCGGGUGCAUCCUCGUCGGCACCGACGUGACGUCGUCCGCGCCAGAGGUCAAGGCCACAAGCAGCAGCGAGCACGUAUACGCGCGCAUUUUGGAGCGGGCGAACGCGCCGAUCUUUGGGGUCGACCACCUCGGCCGCGUGAACAUUUGGAACAAGAAGACGGCCGAGAUCACGCAGUUCCCGGCGUCCGAAGUCAUGGGGCUGCACUUGGUCGACACGUUCAUCGCCCCGGCUUACCGCGGCCCGGUCGGUGAAGUGUUGAAUCAAGCACUUCACGGCGUGGAGACGGCGAACUUUGAGUUCCCCCUCGAUACCAAACAUGGCGCACGGCAGCUGGAGAUUCUGCUCAAUGCAACAUCCCGCUACGACGAAGUGGGCAACAUCGUGGGGGUCGUGGGCAUCGGCCAGGACAUCACCGAUCGGGUAGCUCAAGAGCAGGAAUAUUCUCGGUUGAUUGACAAGGCGAACGCGCCCAUCUUUGGCGUCGACUCGAACUGUUGUGUGAACAUUUGGAAUCGCAAAGUGGCGGAAAUCACCCAGUACACGAUGGACGAAGUCGUGGGCGAGAACCUUGUCGAGAAGUUUAUCAGCGAAGAGUUCCGUCAGGGGGUGCGACACGUGCUCAGCUUGGCGCUACGGGGCGACGAGACGGCCGACUUUGAAGUGCCGCUGGUGACUAAAACUGGCCGGAAGGUCAACAUCUCCCUGAACGCCACGGCUCGAUUCGACCAGAUGGGACAUAUCAUUGGGGUUGUGGGCAUUGGCCAAGACAUUACAGAUCGAAUUGCACAAGAGCAGGAAUACACGCGCUUGAUUGAUACGGCGAACGCGCCCAUCUUUGGGGUGGACCAGAAUGGGCUGGUGAACAUUUGGAACAAAAAGGCGGCGGAAAUCACGCAGUACACGCAGCAAGACGUGAUGGGCAAGAACCUCGUGGAAAAGUUCAUCACGGAAGACUACCGCAAAGCUGUGGGAUACGUGCUGUCAAGGGCAUUGCAAGGCACAGAGACGGCGAACUUUGAGUUCCCACUCAUCACCAAGACUGGUCGGCGCGUGGAAAUCCUGCUCAAUGCAACGCCUCGCUUCAACGAACUCGGCAAAGUCAUGGGGAUGGUCGGGAUCGGGCAAGACAUCACGGACCGAAUCGCCCAAGAACAGGAGUAUUCUCGGCUGAUUGACAAGGCGAACGCGCCUAUCUUUGGCGUCGACGCCGACUUGCGGGUAAACAUUUGGAAUAAAAAGGCGGCCGAGAUCACGCAGUUCUCGAACGAAGACGCGAUUGGUCAGAAUUUGGUCGAGACAUUUAUCAGCGAAGAGUACCGGCUAGCAGUGUCGGAGGUGUUUGCCAAGGCGUUGACGGGCACUGAGACGGCGAACUUUGAGUUCCCGCUCAUCACGAAAAGCGAGCGGCGCGUGGAAAUCCUGCUCAAUGCGACGCCGCGGUACAAUGAACUUGGAGAUGUGAUUGGCGUCGUGGGGAUUGGUCAAGACAUCACCGACCGAAUUGCGCAAGAACAGGAAUACUCGCGCUUGAUUGACACGGCGAACGCGCCCAUAUUUGGCGUGGACUCGAACAUGUGUGUAAACAUUUGGAACAAAAAGGCGGCGCAGAUCACGCACUACUCGAUCUCUGAGGUGAUGGGGGAGAACUUGGUCGAGACGUUCAUCUCGCCAGAGUACCGCCCGGGGGUCGCCGAUGUUUUGUCCAAGGCUUUGAAUGGCAUCCAGACGGCCAACUUUGAGUUCCCGCUCAUCACGCGACCAGGCACGCGCAUUGAAAUCUUGCUCAACGCGACCCCGCGCAACGAUUUACAUGGCAACAUUGUGGGGGUGGUGGGCAUCGGCCAAGACAUCACGGACCGGAUCUCUCAAGAGCACGAGUACUUUCGCCUGAUUGACUCUGCGAACGCGCCCAUAUUUGGCGUCGACACGAACGGCAACAUCAACGAGUGGAAUCAAAAGAUCGAGUUCAUCACGGGGUACCAGAAGGACGCCGUGUUUGGCAUGGGCCUGGACACGUUUAUCAUCCCCGACAGCCGGUCCCAGGUCAAGCAGCUGCUCAACCAGGCGCUGAUCGGCAUCGACGUGGGCGAGAUGGAGCUGCCGAUGAUCACAAAGAAGGGCACGUUCCUGCUCCUGCUCGUGAACGCGUCGUCCAAGAAGGACAUCCACGGCAACAUCCGCGGAGUGAUUGGCGUCGGACAAGACUACACGGCACGCAAGCAAAUGGAAGCGGCCAAAGUCAACUUUUUAGCGUCGUUUAGCCACGAAUUGAGAACGCCGUUGAAUGGCGUGUUGGGGAUGCUGGAGCUUUUGAAAGAGCAAAAGCUGGGCAAAGUACCCGAGAGAUACGUGCACAUGGCGUACGUGUCUGGGUCGCUGCUGCUCAACUUGAUCAACGACAUCCUGGACCUGUCAAAAAUUGAAGCCGGCCAUUUGGAGAUCCAGUCGGCGCCGUUCCAUAUUGAAGACCUGCUGGAUUACACGAUCGAGAUCUUCAAGUUCAAAGCCCACGAACGAGGGCUCAAGCUGUCGGUGGUGCUCGCGCCCAACGUGCCCGAAGUGGUCAUUGGGGACGUGGUCCGUCUGCGCCAAAUUCUCCUGAAUUUGCUAUCGAAUGCCAUGAAGUUUACGCUCAAAGGCACGAUCACAGUCAAGUGCAGUGUCGCGCCGUCGAAUCCUGACCAACCAUCGCAUCACAAGCGCUUGUUGUUUCAAGUCAUCGACACGGGUGUGGGAAUGGACGCCGAAGAAAAAUCGCGGCUGUUUUCGCUGUUUACGAAGCUGGAGCGCACGCGCAAGAACAACCCGACGGGGUCCGGACUCGGGCUCGCCAUUUGCAAGCAGCUGGUGGAGCUCAUGGACGGACAGAUCGACGUCGACUCGGAGCUCGGCAUCGGGUCCGUCUUCUUCUUCUCGGUCGCGGUGCGCGUGAUUCCAGACGAGCUGCUGCCCAAGCUGGCGCCGCAGCUCGAGCCCAAGCAGAGCAACAGCAUCGGGGGGUUUUCGCCCAGCGCGCGCGACGAGUCUGUCGUGCCAAAGCAAGCGCGGAUUCUGGUCGUAGAAGACAACGACUUCAACUGGGAAGUGGUCAAGUGCUUUCUCCACGGGGGCGAUGACCACUACCUCCAGUGGGAAAUUAACGGCAAGGAUGCCGUGGAUGCGUAUGUGAGCCACCACGAGUCGUUUGAUAUGAUCUUUAUGGACUGCGAGAUGCCCGUCAUGGACGGGUACGCUGCCACGCAAGCCAUUCGCCAGUUUGAAGCGGAGAACGGCCUGCCGCGGAUGCCCAUCUUGGGGUUGACAGCAUACGCCAUGUGCGGCGACCGAGAAAAGUGUGUGGACGCAGGUAUGGACGAGUUUAUCGUCAAGCCCAUCUCCAAGUCGGGGCUGCUCAAGGCGAUCUCGUACUGGAUGCGCAAGCGGUACAUUCCAAACCUCAACUUGGCCGAGUCGGGGCUUCUCUUGGACGGAUACCCCGACCUGGCGACGUCGUCCCCCCGCAGUUCAGUGGAAACCACCGACCUACAGCCUCCCUCUGACUUUUUCACAAACUCGUCGCGCAAGAUGAACGUCAACCUCGUGCAUGCAUCCAACCACACGCAGAAUUUGGACUUGACGCGAGCCAUUUCCGACUUGGAGCUGGAAGACCCGAUGAUGAUUGGCCGACAUCGCGUCAUGGCCACGUACGACACGUCCACCAUCGACGACACAACGUCCAAUUCAGGCGGCAAGCCGUGCAAUCAGUCCAUGUUUAGCCUCGGGGUAUCAUCUUCGUCAUCCAACAUGCGGUCGUCGUCCAGCCGGUCGCCGAUUCCACACACCACGAGCCCCAUGUCCAAGACAUAUCACACAUUUGAGCAAGCUAAACACGCGGCGGCAAUGAUGAAGGGCGUGGACCUCGCUCGACGACGCCAUACCUCCAACAGUUUGCCAGACGUGACCAAACUCCUUCGGCCGUUGGCACAGGCUGUUGCAGAUGACGACGACGACGACGCUGCUGCUGCGGAAUGGCAAAGGCAACAAGCCACCACCACCACCCAUUCCCAGCAUCAUACUAGUACGCGACAAGGUUCGCUCCCGCCCGUGCCUUCCGUACUCGUAAACACGUCGUCGGUGCUGGACAUUGAAAUUCCGGACGGCGACCCCGUCGACUACUCGACGGGUGUGUCCCAAUGCGGCGGCAACGAAGACCUGUUCUUGAAACUCCUGGAAAAGUACUAUCUCGGGCUCGACGCGGCCAUGCAUAAACUGGAGAAAGCACACCACAACCAAGAUGUGGCGGUCGUGAGACGGGACGCGCACUCGCUGAAGGGCAGCUCGGCGUACGUGGCCGCCAUGAGAGUGAGCAAGGCGGCGUUCCGCGUGCAAGUGGCGGCCGAGCACGUGCAAAACAACAAAGCCCUGCCCGACUCGACUGCGACAUUUGAAGCAUCCUACCGCCAGCUCAUCCAAGAACUCAAGGCGCUCAAAGGAUAUCUGCGACGCAACUUUCAAUUUGCCAGACCUGCGGUGAAUCCAUCGUCGUCGUCGUCGUCGAGGGGCCCCACGAGUGACACCACGCCCAAAGGAGCUGGCCCAUGUCAAGUCAUGUAGUUCAUUCUAUAUAACAUUUUAUAUAGAUUAUCAAGUUGGAU